CAGGCUUGAAAGAUAAUUCAUCGGUUCGUCUUCGGAAAGUACAGGACAUCAUGGCAAGUCCAUCACCCGAGCAGGAAGUCGCCCCUGCGGGCGACCAGCACAGCGAUGACAUCGCGAAACGCGUCUUGCGCAAAAUUGACUGGCGACUGAUUCCGCUCAUGUUCAUCACGUACAACUUGAACUUCAUGGACAAAACUAUCCUGUCUUCAGCCUCAGUAUUUGGCUUGCGAAAAGACAAUCACUUGGAGGGCCAACAAUACUCUUGGGUUUCUAGCGUCUUUUACUUUGGAUACUUUUUCUGGGAAUAUCCUACCACCUUUCUCAUCACUCGACUCCCAGUGGCGAAGUACCUGGCUGCGAACACGUUCGUCUGGGGUAUUGUUGUGGCUCUCACAGCAGUCUGCUCCAACUAUGGCGGCUUGAUCACUGUCCGAUUUUUCCUUGGUGUGGCUGAAGCCACCAUCACUCCAGCUUUCCUAUUCAUCACAAGUACCUGGUACACACGAGACGAGAUUCCCACUCGCACAGGCUUGUGGUUUGCUGGCAACUCUGUCGGCGGCCUCGUCGCUUCCUUCCUUGCGUAUGGCCUAGGUCAUGUCGAGAACUCGCUUGCACCCUGGAUCUGGAUGUACAUCAUUCUCGGAUCGCUAACCUUUCUUUGGGGUAUCCCCAUGCUUCUCUUCCUACCGGACAGUAUUGCAACGGCCAAGUUCCUGACAGAGGAGGAACGUGAAGUCGCAGCACGACGUGUAGUCCUUGCAGGUACCGGAAGAACUGACAACACUAGGUGGAAGCUCGACCAAGCCCUAGAGUGCCUUCGAGACCCUAAAACAUGGAUAAUCUUCUCCAUGAGUCUGCUCACUCAGAUACCCAACGGUGGCACCCAGAAUUUUGGUAACCUUGUCAUCAAGAGCUUUGGCUUCACAAGCCUGCAAUCCACCCUUCUAGUCAUUCCAGCCUCUGUGAUCGCAGCAAGCACAAUCGCUGGCACAGGGUGGGUAGCCGGUCGUUUCCGCCAGAUGAACUGCAUCCUCAUCAUCUGUGUCGUUGUACCCGCCGUGGUGGGCUGCUCGCUGAUCUACGUCCGCCCAAAGACCUCUUCUGGCGUCCAGCUCUUCGGCUACUUCCUGCUCUCCACCGGUCCCGGCGCAAUCCCACUACUCAUGUCCCUCGUAGGCGCAAACUACAAGGGCGUGACCAAGAAAAUGACAAUGACGGCGAUGCUGUUCAUCGCUUACUGCGCUGGUAACAUCGCCGGACCGCAGUUCUUUCGUGCGGCGGAAGAACCUCAUUACAACACUGCGUUCAGAGCAAUUCUGGUGUGCUACUGCUUGGUUAUCGGACUUGCUGUCGUGCUGAGGUGUUAUUUGCAGUGGUUGAAUGCGAAGAGGGAGAGGGAAGAGGGCGUCAAGGGUGAUGCAGGGUCUUCCGGGGUGAUAGCUGGCAAGGUUCUUGAUGAGUCAGAGCAAAGCGCUAGAGUUACUGAGGUCGAUUUGCAAGUCGAGGGGUUGGACGAUGUCACCGAUUGGGAGACAUUUGGCUUCAGAUAUCGUCUGUAAGUGAUUGGUCAUGCGCCAAUAUGUCGAAUAUCAUAGCACGUCAAAAGUCUGAGUAAGAAAUGUAAUGUGGUCUUCAAGUAACGUCUUCUCAACUGAAGAUUUGGUUCUCAGUCUGACAAACGUUCAAGUUAUCAUUAGACAUUGUAGCUACCACCUACUCUCACAACUCACUAGCGGUGAUUCCACCGCGACCAUGCGACAACACAAUUCACCAAAUACCACUCAUCAUACCCGUCAGUAACGCAUCAACAUUACCA